UUAUAGCUGGGAUGCUGGUGACGACAGUCGUCCCAUCGAGACUUGAAAUGCUGGAAUAAAUUUGACAUUAUGACAUUUGAUCCCGACAGCGAUUGGCGCACACCGGGGUGGUGGUAUAAAGCCCGGGGACCCCAGCUGGAACAGAAGAUGUUUACCCUUUAGCUCAAAGCUCGGGGUUUAACUCUGGGGAAGGGGACCCUUUAAAUCGAGUGUGCUGGGCUUUACGUAACAGAGCGGGGCAUAAAGAGAAGGGCAGCAACACGGAAAGGGGACUUUACAGCACCGCAACGUGGGGAGCGAGAGCGCCGGAGGGACAGGGAUCAGAGCAGAGGAAAUAUUUACUGAGAGACAGGGAAGCGUUUCUUUGUAGAGUGAAAGGAUAUCAAUCCCAUCAGUUACCUAACGGACACCUCCACUGUGACCUCUUAACUGGAGACAGCAAAACAGGAGAAGGGAGGGGGGGGGGCGCGAGCGGAAACAGCGAUUUGACGAGGCCUCGGGGUUAUUGAACGGCCUGCGUCAUGGCAGCCAUCGAUCUGGAGCUGGGGCUGGAACAUGGCGGCCGGGGGUGGGGGCAGGAGAGGCCCGAACUGGUGGACAACUUUGACUCCGAGAUGCAGGAGUGGGAGGAUCAGCUGCAGGACAUCCAGAGGAAAAUUGAAGAGCUGUACAACGAGGUUCAGGCCCGCAGAGGAGCCAGCGACGUCCCCGGUGACAACCCGAAAAAUGCCGACCCGUUGGAGUGUGAGCUGAGGCAACACGGCGGUGUCCUUUUGGCGCCUGGCUACCACGGCGGGAAUCAUGUCAGAGGCGUGGCCAUCGCGCAUCGCUGCGGCCGCUACCCGGCGAAGCAUCAGAACGCCUACGGCUGCUGCCGCUCCAACGAGAUCGGGGACUUGCUGCAGGAUUAUCUGGAGAAGGGGAAUAAAACGAGCAGGAAGAAUAACAGAGCUCGCCACGUGCACUUCAGUGACAUAGUUAAGGUGAACCAGGACAUCUCUGCAUUCCAGGAUGAGGCCAGAAGACGAUCUGGAAAUCCCAGGGUUGGGCCAGAACAAAAUCUGAACAAUUUCGAGGAAACCGAAAACAAUAAGAAUCGAGUGUCACACAUGAAGAGUUCCCCCCACCGAGACGAAAACACCUGCGCAAAGCCCCCCGUUGGACAAAGGGAUGCUUCUGCUGUACCGGCACGGUCUCAGUUCCCAGCCGUGACAGCCGAGUCUCCUUUGUUGGACAAAAAGUCCUUCGGCACGGGAUUCCUGGGGGAUAGAAAGUGCAGCAGCCCCUCUGUCCUUAGGAAGUUUGGAGCCAUGCUUCAAGAGAACGAGGGCAAGACACUCACAGAAUCUGGGGUGGUGACCCACCAGGGACCGUCCCCAGAGGCAAAGUGUCCCACUCCCUGCUGUCAGCGCAGAGCUCUGGGAACCACCGGAGGAGCCAGCAAGGCGCCCAUGCGCGUGCCUAACCAGAAAUGUCAUGCAAAUUCUGAUGUGCUGACAGCAGAGACAGAGCCCGGCCAAGACCGGAGUUCAUUAUUAGACUCUGCAAGGCACCACUACAAGGAUCAGAGAGAAGGCUGCAGUACUGCCAAAAGCUCUCAGUCUGUUCCCCAGCAGGUCCUGGGGAGAUCUCACGUACCAGGGAGCCCAAAGAUCCGACCCCGGGCUAAUAGUGGGGCAGACAGAGAGGGAGGGAGGGCUCACGGGGAGAAAGCAAGGAAGCCUGUGACCCAGCAAACAGACAACAGGACAACAAGUCCUUCCCUUGGAGCUCAGAGGAUUCAGAGGGUGCAGGAUGUACCGGACUGUGGCUAUUUGGGGGAUGGAGGACUUAUAGAGCUGCUGGACAUGCUGGAGAUCCAACAUGAGUACAGCUCCAGUCCAAGAACGACGUACCCAGCUCACAGACAAGAGCCACAGCAGGUAAACCCUCCAGAGAUGUCUCCAGCGAGACCCCACAGGAGUUUUUCUCGUCCUGCGCGGCCCGCCAACCAGCGCCCUCCUUCCAGAUGGGCCAACCGUACACCUACUGCCAGAAUCACUGCCCCGUCGGGCCCAAUCUACCGGCCCCCCAGCCCCCUUACUCGCACUCCAAGCCCUGCGCUCAAGCACCGGCCUCCGGUUUCCUACUCCCUGCAGACAGAAACCAUCAUUAUGUGACAAUGUCCAACUGGUGACGUACAUCCCCAUCAACCUGUGCGAAACGCUCCAUGUAAAUAAUACGGUCCCCGCUGCUUUAUGAGUGCUAAAAUGAAAUGGAAAACACCCCCCAACACUCCCAGAUGUGUUGAAAACAUACCACAUACAUGUUCAUCAGUGAUGCUGUAGCUUUAAACGUCUUCUGUGCCUAACUUUUACCAACAUGCCACCAUAUAGCUUCGUUGCUCCUUAACCAUGUGACGUUUUUGUAUCAAAAAUGAAGGUGUUUUUUUUUUCUGUGUGAAGGAUUAGCAUGCAGCCCCGGUUCGAGGGUGCAUGUUUUCAGGUUUCCCGGUUGCCGCGUCGAAUCGGACGCAGCCUCAUCCCCCGAGGGAGGUCCGGCUGGAACAGAGUUCCCAGUGGCAACCUGUGAACUGUUUAAAAAGUGUGUUGGAAUGUAUGAUAUUGUUACGAAAAAAAAAAAAAAAGAAAGGAUUCAAAAUGUUCAAAUAAUAGCUGUGAUGGAUGAUUUUACUAUGCCUUUCAUGUACUUUUCUUGGUAAUAAAUAUGACUGUGCUUAACGUAAAGCC